CCUGUCAGCUGUCAAAUGGUGCCUACAAAAGCACGUGGGUAUCUUUGCUGGACAAAACUUUAUAAAAGGCACCCGCUGUUCUCCAGGCCUGACGUGUGAUCUUCUCUCUUCAAUAAACUAUAUUGCUGAUUCUCGCCCCAGGCAAAACGAAAAGAUGUCUCACCCAAAAGAAGUUGGUGGCUACAAACUCGGCAAACUCAUAAUCGAGGGAAAGACGAAGCAAGUGUUUGACCUCCCAAAUGAGCCUGGCCACUGUCUUCUGCUGAAUAAAGACAGGAUCACAGCUGGAGAUGGCGUCAAAGCACACGACAUGGAAGGCAAAGCUGCCAUAUCCAACCAGACAAAUGGGAAGGUGUUCGAGAUCCUCAAGGCUGCUGGCAUCAAAACAUCCUACGUCAAAGUGGCUUCACCAACAGCAUUCAUCUCUAAAAAAUGCGAGAUGGUGCCAAUCGAAUGGGUGACCCGAAGAUUGGCCACCGGUUCUUUUCUAAAGCGUAACCCAGGGGUACCAGAGGGCUUCCGUUUCACACCGCCCAAGCAGGAGACAUUCUUCAAAGAUGACGCAAAUCAUGAUCCACAAUGGUCUGAAGAACAGAUUGUGUCUGCAAAAUUCACCUUUAAUGGUCUUGUUAUUGGUCAAGAUGAAGUCGACUAUAUGCGCAAAGUAACAAUUCUAGUUUUUGAAAUUUUGGAGAAGGCGUGGGCGCUCAGAGAUUGUGCUCUUAUCGAUAUGAAAAUCGAGUUCGGAGUUGACGUUGACGGUAAUAUUCUUUUGGCUGACGUCAUCGAUUCCGAUUCCUGGAGACUUUGGCCAUCUGGUGAUAAGAGGUUGAUGGUAGACAAACAGGUGUACAGGAACUUGGCAAACGUCACUGCAGCUGAUUUAGACACAGUUAAGCGCAACUUCACGUGGGUCAAAGAUCAGCUCGACCAUCUGAAGCCAACUGUCCAUCACAAAGUCGUCGUUUUUAUGGGUUCGCCGGCAGAUCAAGAGCACUGCCAGAAAAUUGCCAAAGCUGCCCGUGAGUUCGGCCUAGACGUAGACCUCCGCAUAACCUCUGCUCACAAAGCCACGCAAGAAACCCUACGCAUCAUGCAAGAAUAUGAAGACACGCAUGGAGCGCUCGUCUUCAUCGCUGUAGCUGGACGGUCUAACGGCCUGGGACCAGUUCUUUCUGGUAACACUUCAUACCCUGUGAUCAACUGCCCGCCACCUUCGGAUAAACUUGUUCAGGACAUUUGGUCAUCUCUAUCAGUGCCAUCAGGCCUGGGAUGCGCAACCGUCGUCUACCCCGACAGCGCAGCUAUCAUGGCAGCUCAAAUCAUCGGCCUACAAGACUACCUCGUAUGGGCCCGUCUUAGAGUCAAACAGUUAGAAAUGGCUACAUCUCUAAGAUUCGCUGACAAGAAACUCCGGAACCAAAAAGUUUAAUUUUACAUUGUUUUAUAGAUUAAAGGAAAAUUGUCUUAAUUAAUUAAUGAAA